UCCACGGGCCACCGGAAAGCGGUUCAGGAAUGUUCUCUGCGGACCAUAUCCAUUGAUUAUUUAUUUUACGCCUAAUGAGAAACAAUCAGUCUCCUGACAACAGUGGGAACGAGCGAGCGUUAUGAACACCAUUCAUCAACAUUCACGGAACGGAAAUAUGUCAAUCAAACGAAAUCAGUUCAUUUGAUGUUGGGCUACGGUACGGUUUGUCCUUCCGUUGUUCACUGCAAUCAAACGCGUGUGCCGUAAAAAAAUGUUUACUAAGGGCUUUACGAUGGCGCUCCUGGCACUGGUACACAUGUGGGUUGGGUCUUCGGAAAGAUUGGACAGCACACCCAUCGAAGGUACUCCCAGUGGGGACCCGCUGGUGGCCCAAACGAUGCGUACGCUGAUGUUGCGCUACUUCCAAAGUGUUCGGGUGCUUCUUCUUGGCAGCUACCGGGAGCUGAACGAACCAUCGGGCGAAUGGUUCUCCUCACUGCAAAUACCGUUGCUGCUGUUCACCCACCAGCAGCCGGAAACUGUGGAAUGUAUUCAGCCGCCGGUGGGCAACGACAGUCCAUCUGGUGGGGGUGCGGAUGGGAACGAACCUGGCUCGCUCAGCACGAGCGAUAACGUUCUUAUCCUGCCGGAACAUGCCGAGGUUGGUGUUGUGCUGCAGUUUAGUACGGUGUGUCAUUUUGCCCGCUACUGCGAGGAUCUCCAUCCGCUCCACGAGCUGCAGCGCUAUGUGCAUGGCAAUUAUCUGAUCUUCAUACAGCAGCCAACAGAAUCGAUCGAGAUGCUUCGCAGCACCGUUUACUGACUGUGGCGCUACAAUUCUAUUCUGAAUCUGGUUGUGUCCGUGGGCCCACUACUGGUGGAACCGGAGGAUGGUAUUAAGCUAUAUUUUUUUAAUCCCUUCCACACGGACGUUCGCGAGCAGCUGUUACCGUUCUACGUUCGAGAGGAUUUCGUGACGAGUCCUACCGCCAGCUCCAAACUUAACAUAUUCCAGGGCAUGCCCAUCCGCUGUACAGUGUUUCCUCGAAAUCCGACGCUACUGCCGUGGGAUACCCUUCCGGAAUCGUUCCGCAGUGCCCGGUACGUGCAACAAUCGGUGCAGGCCUCCAAUGGGUCGGGUGGACUGGAUGGGAUGCUGCUCGGUAACCUGGCAGUGGCGAUGAAUUUCACCGCCGAAACGAUGGAUGCAUCCGACAGGUUAGAGUACGGAUAUCGGCUCCCGAACGAUAGUUUUGUGGGAUCGCUCGGCGACCUGUUACAGUAUCGGACCGACGUAUCGUUCAACAUUCGCUUCAUGAAGUUCUACGACACAGAUGAGAUUGAGUUUCUGCACCCGAUCUAUUCGGACCGGCUGUGCAUCCUGUCACCGAAAUCGCUAGAGAUACCUCAGUGGUUGGCCAUCUUCCUUUGCUUUCAUCCCUACGUUUGGGCGUCGUUUGUGGUGAUUGGGUUCGUUGGAGGCUACUGUUGGUACGUAUUGCGACGCUGGGGCCUAUCCAAGAUGCGUCGAUACAGGCAACGCCUGCGAAGAGGCGAUCGUGCCCAAUGUUCUGUACUAUCGAUUGAGUUGUGGCUUGUGCUGUUGGGAGCAAGCUCAACGCAUUUGCCGGUUCGGAUGAUCGAGCGGCUGCUACUAACGGUGUUUCUCAUUGCGAACGUUAUUAUCUCGGGCACGUUCCAGGGCACACUAACUACAGCAUUCAGCACCAAAUCAUACUACAAGGAUAUAAACACCCUUGCUGCACUGGAUCGUUCCGCUUUGCCAAUCGCAACCUCGUCCCGCUCGCUGCUGGACAUUUUUGGGAACACUUCACUCAGCCCGCUGUAUCAGUCACUGAAGGGCAAACUACAAAUACUGAACGAAUCCGCCCGCCAUCGGGCGGCUUAUGAACGGGACGUAUGCUGCAUCGAACGCUACUCAGACGUGCAUCUGAUCAUUAACACGGAGUACAUCCGGCCGGACGGGCAACCGAUGCUGCACGUCAUCGAUGAGUGUCCGCGGGUGUACUCGCUCGCCUACAUCGUCCGGAAGGGUUGGCAAUUUGCGCCCCUCUUUAACGCCGCCAUAUCUCGAUUUGUGGAGUCGGGACUGUGCAUGAAGUGGUACGCCGACACUGAGGAUGCACUGAUCGCUCAGAAACGCAUCAAGCAGAUGAUCGAACAUCGAGAGGAGUCGAUGUUUCGCAAGCUUACCGUUAUUGAUAUGCAAACGUCGUUCUAUAUUAUGGCGAUGGGCAUAUCGGUUAGUUUAAUCGUUUUUAUUGUGGAAAUGUUCGUCGCAAGUGGAGGUUAAAAUUCAUCGGUAAAUAAUAUCGCUUAUGGCCCCUUUGAGCGUAGGAUGGGUCGAGAUGCGCACAUAACGCAAUGAAUUUUGAUGAAUAGUUCA